AUGGGAGACGAUCCCUCUCCUGCCUCACGCAAAAUCCAACAUGGCAAAGGCUCCUCCUCUGCCAGGAAACUGAAGCGCAGGAGUGGUGACUCAGUGCUCACUCCUCGCUCCUUCGCCCCAGGCGAUAACAGGAGGGACAAAGAACAAGUGAUGGCGGCCAGUUUCCUACAGUUCUGCGCCAUGUGCGAGAAACAGAUCAUGACUCCAUGCAACUCGAUUCUUUACUGCAGUGAAGCAUGUCGGCGCAAGGACGCAGCGAAGCCCCUUUCCGCUUCUAAUCUGUCUGUGGAAUCCUCUACACCGCCGUCGUCCCUCCCCUCCUCCCCGCGCCCAAGCAUAACAACACGCGUUUCCAGCGCAUCCCCAGAGUAUCAAGACAAACCGACCAUUCGGAUACCCUUUGAUCUGCACGAUCACCGCUCAGAUCUUGACCCAACCGAAUGGAAACCCAAAAUACCUUCCCGCGGCGCCUCGACUAACUCGGAGGCUUUCCGCUAUCUAAGUCGCUUCCACCAGACACACAUGAUAGCCGCCAACAACAACAACUCCCCUGAUCAUUCCGACAGCCUGGGCCAAUUUGUCAAGCCCGAACGCCCUGCCGCAACCCGGCACAAGAGCACUUUGAGCAUGUCCACCUUGACACCCAGCACAGCAACUCCCAGUCUCGCCAACAGCCCCACCACCACCUCCUCCAGCUUGGGCAGCCUGUACGACUUCAACCUGCGCCCGUUGGCCCCGCGCACCAAUCCUCUGUACAGUACCAGCGCCGGCCACGCCAGAAGCAUCGACUUGGUGACGCCGCACAUCCCACCUCCCGCUUCGACGGUCGUCGGCGACGUUGCGCUGGCCGGGUCGGUUCCCACGGUGGAUUUCGAGGUGGACCUCUGGGGUAAGAAAGUGGUCAAGCCCAUCGUGCCCGCCGCGACACCGAAGGGCGAGGGACUGGGAGCGUUGUUCGGGAAGGGUUCUUGA